GUAAACCAGAGCGUUACCGUUCGUCUAAAGUGGGGACAGACUGAAUAUAGGGGAACGUUAGUUAGUGCUGAUUCAUAUAUGAAUAUCCAACUGUCCGGCACGGAAGAGUUUAUGGAUGGUAAGAGCACGGGUAGCUUGGGACAGGUUCUCAUUAGGUAUGCAUUUCCCAGGCCAAGUCUUUGUUAUUUCCUACACUAAUUCAUGAUGUCUCGUAUCAAGAUGCAACAACGUCCUGUGGAUAUCUGGUAGUGGAGGCUCCGGGAGUGCAGAUGUCAAAAUGGACGGC